UAAACAUAAGCCGGAAUACGUAUUGUCGCAUUGGGUGUCGCAAGUUGAGAGCUGUCCUCGCCUUGAAUUGUCUCGACAAGCUAUGAAGCAGGAUGCAAACACUGCAAACAAGCAACCCCACCGUCAUUAAACAUCUCAUUCAACCAUUUUCUCAAUUAUACUUACGCUCCCUUCGGAGUGCAUUUCGGGAGCUGCGGCAUGGAUCAUCAGGAGCUGGCAUAGUAACAAUCUAAUUAAUUUCUUGCUGGCAUGGCGGGUGCGAACGAUGAACCGCCCGCAGGAGUCCAUCAUUACUAUAGUAGAGAAGAAGUCCCUUCGGACAUCCAAAAUUACUGGGCUCAACGCUACAAGAUAUUUUCCAAGUAUGACGAUGGUAUCUGGUUGACUGAUGAUGCCUGGUUUGGCGUCACUCCCGAGCCAAUCGCAAAGAAAAUAGCACAGCAUAUGGCAGACUCUGCUCCAAAGGACAGAAGCAUACUUGUUGACGCUUUCGCUGGCGCUGGAGGUAACACCAUCGCCUUCGCGCUAUCCGGUAGAUGGAAGAGAAUAUAUGCCAUCGAGAAAGACCUUGCCGUUCUUCAGUGUGCAAAACACAAUGCCAAAGUGUAUGGCGUGGAUGACAAAAUUACUUGGUUUGAGGGUGAUUGUAUGCAAAUUCUCAAACAUCAGUUGAGUGUAUUGGCGUCCUACAGCGUCAUUUUUGCCAGUCCACCCUGGGGAGGUCCAGGAUAUCGUGCUGACGACGUAUUUGACUUAUCGACUAUGCAACCAUACUCUCUGGGUACUCUGUAUUCGGAGUUUUCUGCAUUCACCGACCAUAUGGCACUGUUCUUACCGCGAACCUCCGACUUAAGGCAGCUUGCGACAAUAGUGAAAGACGGAAAGAAAGCCUCAGUUAUGCACUAUUGUAUGGACGGGGCAAGCAAGGCGCUAUGUAUUUAUACUGGAGGCUUUAAUGAGAAAUGAAAGUGCUUUAACAUUUUCUGUAAUAUACUCCGUACUUAGGACAUAGUCAACUGGACAUUGAUUAUAAUCAAGAUAAAGUGAGAUUUGCAAGGUCGACUUCGAGAUUUUGUCCGGAGUAUUAAGUAGCCCAUGAAUUACCCACUGAAUAAAACGUGCGUCGAAUAAAGAUCUAACACAGCCAUUCCCCUAUUAUUAUUCAGUGAAUCGCGUUUGCGGAGACAUCCAUGCAUGGGUU